AUGCUGAUACAGCGGAGCUAUGUGCUAUUUGGAGUGAUAGUCGGUAUUAUAUCUUCUGCAUGCCAAAGUGUUGGAUUAAUACUACAACGGAAAUCUCACCUCGAUAACCAGAGAAAUCUGUGGAGAAUAGGGUUCUUACUUUUUGUCACAAGUAAUAUUCUGGGCUCCUCCAUUCAGCUGACCACUUUACCGUUGAUUAUACUGAGUUCAUUGCAAAGCAGUGGUCUUGUCUUCAACUGUGUAUUCAACUGGCUAAUAAUGAAUGAGGAGUUCAACAGAAAAAGUGCCAUCAGCAUUGCGAGUAUCAUUGUGGGAGCGUUGAUUCUGGGGGUGGUUGGGAAUAUCAUACCAGAGCCAAGAUUCAUAGGAUUGAAAGAAUUUCAACAAUUAAUUGCCACGAGGGCAUUUAGGCAAUGGUAUAUAUUCGAUAUGUGCGUUGUUCUUAUUUGCCUGGGCUUAUUUUCCAAAAGAUUUUACCCAGGACUUUCAUUAGGAGUCGUCAGUGGAAUCUUAUCAGCAUUUUCUGUGUUGCUGGCUAAAACUAUUAUCCAAAUCUUCAUUAGUGAACUAUCUUUUUCAUUAUUCAGAUCUGUCUUUGGAUACAUCAUAGUGUUUUUCUUAUUAUGUUUUGCACAGCUAGUUUCAUUGAAUCAAGGCCUCAAGAUAGUCUCAACAGCAAUCCUCUAUCCGUUGGUUUUUUGCAUUUACAAUGUGACUAAUAUCUUCAAUGAAAUAAUCUUUUAUCAGUUAUUUGACCAUAUCAACUUUUUCGUCGCUAUCUCAUUAGUUGUGGGUACUUCAAUUUUGAUCUACGGAGUAGCAAUUCAGUCCUCCUUAAACGACCAACAUCAACAUUCCUCCCUGGUAACAGUGCAAACUCCUUUACUUGGAAAACAGCAGUCCGAUGAGGAGUCAGAAUACGUUUCUUUUGGAUCACCGAAAGGUUCAACUUCUUUUCUCAAUGACCAUUUUAAGAGAAACUCUGUAUCAAUAGAAGAUUCUUUUGACUAUGACGAUCUGUUAAUCUCGUCAACACCAAAAAUAAGUAAUACUCAGAGAGAGCUGUUGAUGGAAUUGAAUUCUCCAAAAUCUCCAAGGUCUCCCAAGUCAAGCAAGAAAACUAGGGACUUCGACAGUCCAAUCCAGUGA